AUGAUGAUUUAUAAAGAAGAAACAAAAGAAUGUAUUCAAUGUGAAUAUGGAUAUUAUUUAAAUUCAAAUAAAGAAUGUCAAAUUGGUUCACAUUGUAUUAAAACAAAUAAUCAAAGUCAUUGUAUUGAAUGUGAAUAUGGAUAUUAUUUAAAUUUAAAUACAAAAACAUGUGAAGAAUUCAAAAAUGGAUGUAAAAUUGGAAAUGAAACAUAUUGUUAUCAAUGUAAAGAAGGAUAUAUUAAAGAAAAUGGAGAAUGUAAAGAAAAAGAUAAUAAAUGUAAUAAAUCAGAAAGAAAUUAUUGUUUAAAAUGUUCAAAUGGAUAUAAAAUAGAAAAUAAUCAAUGUAAUGGAGAUAAUGAUGAUCAAUGUUAUUAUGAAGGAAAUACAUGUGUAUCAUGUUCAAAUAAAUAUACAUUAAACAAUGAAAAAUGUUCAAAUAAAGGAAAGAAUCAAAAUGGAAAGAAUGAAGAAAUAUAUUGUGAAAAUGGAAAAUACAUCAAUAAUAAUAAAUGUAUAGAAUGUUCAAAAUCAGAAAUAUGUCAAACAAAUGAUAUUGAAAUAAAAUGUAAAUAUGAAGAAUAUUUAGAUAAUAAUAAAUGUAUAAAUAAAACAUGGAAGAAGAUAUGA